AUGAAGAAAAUGGCUGGGACUGACGAGCUGCCAUUUAGACUAGUAGGAAUUACUAAAGAAGAUCUAGCAAAUUUAAUUGAGGAAUGUUAUAUAGAUGCGCAAUCAAUUCCGUCUGGGGAUGAAUCAUUAUCCGAAUCAGUGCAGGACAUCCAGGAAGAUUUUACCCGAGAAAAUUCACCAAUGAAUCAAAAGCCAUCAAAUAGAAGGAUGAGAGAUCAGUGCAUAUGUUGUCAAAUUAUCAUAGUCCUGAAGAUCAUAUGGAUAUCAACCGCACAGAGAAAAAUGGAACCAUUAUGCCUAUACCUUGUCCAAAAGCUGUGGUUGACUAUAACAAUAAUAUGAACGCAGUUGAUAAAUUUGAUCAACUCCUAUCAAGUUAUAAAAUUGAUCGUCAGAGCAAGAAGUGGUGGCAUCGAAUAUUUUUUUACUUUUUGGAUGCUGCUGUGAUAAAUGCUUAUUGUUUAUAUAAAAAAUUAGAUUUGCCUGACAAAAUGACGGCAAAAGAUUUCAGGAGAGAAAUCAUUCAUGAUUUGGUUGCGUCCACAUUAGUUUGAUCGUCGCAAAGACAAGCGGAAUGUAGUCCAAUAAUCCAAAUCAAAAAGGCGAAACGACAUGUACCCAAAGAUGUACGUCUCAAUUGAGCAGCACAUCAGCCAGAACGGGGAUCCAGAAGAAGAAGCGCAUUAUGCAGUAGAAAAGCUAAACCAGUCCGAACUGACGGGAUGUGCACAAUUUGCAAGGUACCCCUGUGUUUAGGCAAGCAAAAAAGCU